GGAAAGCGUCUUCAUGCAAACACCGUUACUGCGGUAACACUUCGGCAACACAGCCGCUGUCCGCUGCCCCCGUGAAUCCAGCAUAACGACAUGAAGGAAAUGCAACUGGAGAUGAUACAUUUUUUUAUUGUCUCCAAAGAAGGUCCACACAGCUAAACUUUAUUAUUUAAUUCCUGCACUCCCCCAUCCCCCCGCCCCUACCACCCCUCCCCGAACCAAGGACUCCGGAUGAAGACCUGCCUCGUGGUUCCUGGGUUUGGUCCCCAGGCUGUUUAAUUGGACAGGCAUGUCCGAGCAGUUGGAUGGUGAUGACUUUGAUGAACUGGAUGCAUAUUUCACCGUUUUUGCCGGAUCCUCCAUUGAAGAUGUGACCUACGCCAAAGUCUUCUGGAGUUCCGUCACUUUGCAGCCGCCUCUUGAAUCCCGCUUGGUUUCUGCGAGUAUUAGUCAGCGGCUUAAAGUAGCGGGAGAUCCCCAGCCCUCUCUUGAACAAUCUACACCAAACAAAGAAGAGGAGGACUUGCUGGAGACAGCAUACCGCAGGCAGAGGGCAGCAGAAAAGCAGAAGUACCUGGAUAUGGCAAAAAAGAGGCAGGACAUCAUCGCACUUCUGAAAAAACAAAGAGAGGACCGGAUUAAGAAAGAGACGAUAUCCUUGCCAUAUAAGCCAAGGAAAUGUGACAAGCAUGAAAGCAUUAGCAAGUUUACUAACCUUCUUCUACAACGCUGAAUUCAUCCGGCGUUUCCAAAUUGAUGGGGUACAACCGGCCAGAUUUCACAAGUAAUUGGAAAGAUGCAUCUAAUUAUUUUUCCAUGAAUAUUUUUUUUCUCCCGCGAUCUGUGGGAGGAGGGGUGGGGAUUUAAUGAAAAUCUUAUUUAGUCGAAAUGGCCUGGGUGACCGUGCAGCUUUCUGCUACAGGAAACGGGGACGGAGCGCGCUUUAAACAAGGCGUCCGUCUGUCUGCACGCCCAUGCAUUUUAACGAGUGCUGCGGCGCGGCUAAUGAACUUUGAAUAGAUCGGGUGGUUUAGCAGCGCAUGUAGCACAGCGCCACCCGAGUCAAUAGCAGCGUUUCUGUCUAAUGAAGAGGCCAUCCCCACUACGGCUCCCCCAGAAGAGCGCAAUAAACUGCCGUGCUGGUGGGCCAAAGCCAGCUCAGUUUAAAGGCCAUUGAUUUUCUGCUCUGUUGUAUUAAAUGGUGUCCACGUCGAUUAUAGUACGGGAUGGCUAAUUCAGUUUCAUUACAGGGGCCUUUUCAUCAGUCAUUGGAAGUCACUGAGAAUUAUUUAAUGCUCCCUUUGAAUUUCCUGCGAGACGCGGCACAAAUCACAUCUGCGAGUUAACUGCUGACUGACACAAUAUUAAUGCGCGUUUUAUUAAUGUAUGUUUGCCACUGACAUGUCGGUUUUUGGACGCAGUCAGUGGGAAUGCCAGGUACAUUUUUAUUUUAUUUGUUAUUAUUAGCCUAUAUGUUUGCCUUAAGACUAAAAGCGCCCUUACUGACAUACAAUUAAUUAAUGUGCAGGCAUCGCGUAGUAAAGAUUGUCCAAUCCCGAAGGAAGCGGAAAGUGGAUGGGGCGGCGGGUUUGAUCCGACUACAGCCAGAGAGAUAUCUUUUCGGAGCAUUUUCGUGUUGUGACAGGUCCGACAU